AUGCAGAUUCACUUGAAGGAUAUGCCCCAGCAAGGCAAACUUAAAGGAGUUAUUGCAACCAGCAGCAGCACGGCCACGCUUCGAGUCAAAGUCCCACCCAACGGCGGUCGUUGGUCCGACCACGAGCACAGACUGUUCCUUCAAGGCAUCGAGCUGUAUGGCAAGGACUGGCGACGAAUCGCGCGACUCGUCCAAACGCGCACAACGGUGCAGACUCGCAGUCAUGCUCAGAAACACUUUGAUCGCAUGGAGAAGGAACGCCGGGAGGACAACCUGCUAAUGACCGAACGUGCUGCAAAAGCUGGGCUUUUCCCGCGGAAGACUGACUCUCUGACCGCGCCCAAAAAGCGCAGCCAUGCCAUCAAGAAACCAUCAGCAGUCAAACAGCCUUCACCAUCGCUGGAGCUAACUAACGUCACGUUUCCAUCUGCGCCACAACCACCGCUGGCCAUGACAAAGACCAGCUUUGCCCCGCCCCCGCCUCGAUUCCUCGACGAUCACAUGUAUCGAUACUUGCACGGCCCGCCGAAGCCGCAGCUUGCCUUGGGCCCGCGCUUGGGUGUCCCCAACAUGGAGGAGGUCGGGUUCGCCAUGGCCUCGGAUGGUCAAGUCUUGGAUUAUAUAUCGUUUGACGAAUGUGAUGACGACCACUUUGUCGAAGUGGACGAGUCAGCUCGACCGGACGUGGAAUACCUCCUCGACGCGAUGCCAGGGACCGACUUUUAUUCAAUCUUGGACGUGGCAAAGGACGCGCACCAGACGAACUCUAGUGGUGACGACGGCAAGUCCGACGGGCCCGCUCGGACACAUACUCCCUACGACCAUCUCGUCCUUGCGUGUGAGCCGUCGAUUUUGCCGAUCCGACAGCAACGCGGGCUUUCCUUUCCACGAUCCGUCCGACCCGAGUCCCCCAAAUCGUCGCCCAAACUGUCUUCCGUCAUGAACAGUAUUUAUGUCUAAAGAAUGGCCAGAGAACUCUCAC